UUGAGUGAAAAUAUUCAAUAUGGCGAAAAAUGUUUGUGAUUAAACUAUCAAAAUUAAAUUACAGUUAUAUUUCCAAGUGUUGACAAAAUUAAAGAAGAACCCACUGAUUAUGUGGAAGAAAUGGAAGUUACUUUAGAAGAUUUUAAGGAAAUAAAAUCUGAACCAAAUUUAGAAGACGAUGAAAUUUGUUUAAAUAGAUUCUUAAAAUCCGAAGUGACUGUAGAAGAAGAAGUUAAACCACAAUUAGACAAUAAAGAAGAACAAAAGUCUAUCAACAAAAGUGCUCAACUAGAUACCAAAUACCACAGCUGUAAAAUUUGUUUCAAGGCCUUCAAAUUGAGAAGUAAUUUAGAUAAGCAUAUGUUUGAUCAUAUCGGUAAUGAAUCUUUCAAAUGCAACUACUGCGACAUGUUAUUCAUGUCUGCAAUUGAUUUAAUGACACAUCUCAAAGACCAUCCUGACGAUUCACCUUUAAAAUGUGAAGUAUGCUCUGUAGGAUUUUCAGACAUCGAUAUGUUAACCCAACACAUGCAGUCUCACACAAAAGAACCUCCUUAUAAGUGUGAGUUUUGUGAUAAAGGUUUUACUAAUUUAACAAAAUUCGAAGAUCACUUAAUCAUGCAUUCUGGAGAACGUCGUUACAAAUGUGAUUUAUGUAACAAACUUUUCAAGCAUGCAGGUAGUUUCCGAAGACACUGUCUUGCUCACACAGACCUUCCUCAUAAAUGUGAAAUUUGCAAACAAGCAUUCACUGAACGAUAUGAGUUAGUAAACCAUCUCAAACAACAACAUAACGAUGAUAUUUCUGUAAGAGCACAAAUCUCUUUUGACACCCCCAGCCAUCCUUAUAAAUGCGAAACGUGUGGCAAAUCAUUCAAGCAACCGGGUGGUUUAAAACACCACAAGUUCAUACACACGGGUGAAAAAAUGUUUAAAUGCGGUAUAUGUCAUAAGGCUUUCAGACAAGUAGGAUGUUUGAAUCGUCAUUUAAAGAUUCAUACAAAUGGGUGCCCCCAUCAGUGUAAUGUGUGUAAUAAGUCAUUUCAACAAGCUGAUAGUUUAAAACAGCAUAUGAAUGGUCACGAGGGGGUUAAGCCUCAUAAAUGUGAUGUGUGUGAUAGAACAUUUAGUCUACCGGGCAAUUUGAGGAAACAUAAAAUGACUCAUAGAGGGGAGCUGCAUUAUGAGUGCGAUAUAUGUGCAAAAUCUUUCGUGCAAUCUGAUUAUUUAGUCAAUCAUAGGAAAACACACUUUAAAUAA